GCCGCCCGACUCGCGCUGUACGGGCUCUGGUAGCGCUUUUUAAAGGAAUCGCCGUCAUGUCGAUCGAAAUCGAGUCGUCGGACGUUAUACGUCUCAUCAUGCAGUACCUAAAGGAAAACAGUUUACAUCGGGCCCUGGCCACAUUGCAGGAGGAGACUACGGUAUCUUUGAAUACUGUGGACAGCAUAGAGAGUUUUGUAGCAGAUAUUAACAGUGGGCAUUGGGAUACGGUCCUCCAAGCUAUUCAGUCGCUGAAACUACCAGACAAAACCCUCAUUGAUCUCUAUGAACAGGUCGUUCUGGAGUUGAUAGAACUUCGAGAGUUGGGUGCUGCUAGAUCCCUCCUGAGACAGACUGACCCAAUGAUCAUGUUGAAACAAACACAGCCUGAGAGAUACAUUCACCUUGAGAACCUCUUGGCCCGAUCCUAUUUUGAUCCACGAGAGGCAUAUCCAGAUGGAAGCAGCAAAGAAAAACGAAGAGCAGCGAUUGCACAGGCGUUAGCCGGAGAAGUCAGUGUGGUACCUCCGUCUCGUCUUAUGGCAUUGUUGGGCCAGGCUUUGAAGUGGCAGCAGCACCAGGGACUGCUUCCUCCGGGUAUGACAAUUGAUUUGUUCCGAGGGAAAGCGGCUGUGAAAGAUGUGGAAGAAGAAAAAUUCCCUACCCAGUUAAGCAGACACAUUAAGUUUGGACAAAAGUCGCACGUGGAAUGUGCUCGGUUCUCUCCAGAUGGUCAGUAUCUGGUUACUGGCUCUGUGGAUGGGUUCAUUGAAGUGUGGAAUUUUACAACUGGAAAAAUCAGGAAGGAUCUGAAGUAUCAGGCACAAGAUAAUUUUAUGAUGAUGGAUGAUGCCGUGCUGUGCAUGUGCUUCAGCAGAGAUACUGAAAUGCUAGCAACCGGAGCCCAAGACGGAAAGAUUAAGGUAUGGAAGAUUCAGAGUGGACAAUGUCUGCGAAGAUUUGAAAGGGCACACAGUAAAGGUGUCACCUGUCUAAGCUUCUCCAAGGAUAGCAGUCAGAUCCUCAGUGCUUCUUUUGACCAGACAAUCAGGAUUCAUGGUUUAAAAUCUGGAAAAACCCUAAAGGAAUUUCGUGGUCACUCCUCCUUCGUUAACGAAGCCACGUUUACCCAGGAUGGGCAUUACAUAAUCAGUGCAUCCUCUGAUGGCACCGUGAAGGUCUGGAAUAUGAAGACCACUGAAUGUUCAAACACCUUCAAAUCUCUUGGCAGCACAGCAGGGACAGAUAUCACCGUCAACAGUGUGGUCUUGCUCCCUAAAAAUCCCGAGCAUUUUGUUGUGUGCAACAGGUCCAAUACUGUGGUCAUCAUGAACAUGCAAGGACAGAUCGUCAGGAGCUUCAGCUCUGGUAAAAGAGAAGGCGGUGACUUUGUCUGCUGUGCGCUGUCUCCGCGAGGGGAAUGGAUCUACUGCGUUGGUGAAGAUUUUGUGCUCUACUGUUUCAGCACGGUGACUGGCAAGCUGGAAAGAACUUUGACAGUUCACGAAAAGGAUGUAAUUGGUAUCGCGCAUCAUCCACAUCAGAACUUGAUCGCUACCUACAGUGAAGAUGGUCUCUUGAAACUCUGGAAACCAUGAUUUCACUUUUGGUUUUGUGUUGGGUUUUUUUUAACUAGCUUUAGAACUUGCUCCUGAAAUGACUUAAUGUGAUUGUGCGUUUUUGAGAUUUUUUUUUGUUUAAAGAAAAGUACUGGUUUCCUUCCCAAAAUCUAGUUGGCUUCUUAUCGAUAUUUUUGUCCAAUGCGUCACAUUCAAAAAUUGCCCUUUUAUAUAGCCUUUUUUAAAAAAACUUGCAUUGGUCUGCAACUAAACAUAUCUGUUGGCCAGGUGUUUCAAUAUAGUACUUGGAGAAGGAAAAGCUAUUAAAGAGGCAUUGCUAUUUACAGUAGCUGCUUAGAGAUAAGUAAUAAGGAGGAAUUUCUGAUUUCUCGAGCCAUUUUCCAUGUCUGUAUUUUCUUGGAUAUGCUGUUAGUGGAAUAAAACGUAUACUGAUUUGGA